AUGGUGAAAGAGCCUCAGAGCAGUAGCAGUGUGAAUUAUUUCCACCUAGUCAGUUCGUUCUGUUUGGCAUCCACAUUGUUUGACCUUUGCGAAGAUUGCUGCAAAAUGGCCUGUCUUCCACAGUCAGCAUUCGCAGUGCACAAGAUCCGGCAGGCGCAGAACGACAAGGAUCUCACCGUUGCUCGUAUGACGGGUGAGAAGCAAGGCCCGAGAUAUUUAAACAAGAAUACUCUCGACCUGACACCGGUCAAGUACAAUGGGAAGCUGAUGAACAGCAUCUGGGGCUUGUACAAUCGCUACUCGCCGCAUAACUUCAAGAAAAACAAUGGAUCUUACGGUGGUUUCUUUGGCAUGCAACAGCCAUUUGCUGUUGCAUGCUCUCCACUGGAGAAAGAAUCACCGGUAACCAAUCCAGCCGACCAGAAUUAG